UUAAGUAACCAUGGUUAGAGACUAAUUUGAGCUUUGAUUGAUAUUUAGACUAUAUGAUUUCCUGUUUCAAGUCACUGGAGUGAACAUUUCAUUGCAAAAGAAGACUAACUGAGGUCUUGGGUCACUGUUGGGAAACUCUACCCCAAAGAGAAAAUUAGAUACUGAUAAAUGCUAUUACGUUAGUUGAGCAUUCUUGUUUGUGUACAUCAGAAUUGGCUGAAGACAUGCCUUGUAGCGAUGAAUUACUUAUGAUGUUGACUCAAUUACAGAGAUUUUAAAGUAGUUGUAAGCUUAUUUUUCGGCCACCAUUGAUUGCAGAUAAAGUUGAUGGAAAGAAAGAAGAAAAUGGGAGGGGACAAAACCGCGAAGGAAAAAAAUGUGUCUCACCUAUCACCUCCUUAACAAUGUCUUCAUCAUUAUAGAACCUUUUUUUUUUACUUGGACAGUCCUUUAGUAAUACUACAUGAUGGAAAUUCUAAUGUUUGUCAUGAUAAAAUAUAGUUUGAUUUGUUAAAGCUUUCUUUGUUUCUUCUCUGCAAUUGAUAUGGAAGUUAAAAUUGAUGCAGUUUAUUAAGAUCUUAGAGUUUUGAUUGAUAUUAAUAGUAGAUUUCCAACAAUAACCUACCUAAAAGAGAUAAAAGAGUCUUGACACCCUAUUUGAUUCUGGUAGAUUUAGAAGUAUAUAGAUGGUAGUACUAGAAUUUUCUAAGGGUUAUAGUUUAAUGGGUUUAUGCUUGUUAAAGGCUUUGGUUGCUGAUGGGUUUAUGCUUGUUAAAGGCUUUGGUUGCUGAUGGGUUUAUUGGUAUUUACUUAAUGUAGUUUUUUUGCUUUGUAUGUACAACAAACUUCAUAGUGAUGCGUUGAGAGAAGCCAUUUCAUCUAUAUUUGCUGAUAGCGGUGAAAAGAAGCGCAAAUUCACCGAGACCAUUGAACUUCAUAUUGGACUGAAGAACUAUGAUCCACAAAAGGACAAGCGUUUCAGUGGUUCAGUGAAGUUGCCGCAUAUCCCUCGCCCUAAGAUGAAGAUCUGCAUUCUUGGAGAUGUUUCACAUGUUGAAGAGAUUUCAAGGAGUUGAGGACAACAAUCGGUGAGACUUUGAUCAGUUUGGAGUUAUCUAAGAGUGUUGUGGUACUUGGAGGAAGGUGAUGUCUCCGUUUCUUAUUAUUACAUAUACUUUGUGUUUAUGAUUAAGAACAAUGUUCAUAACUCAUUUUGUAAUAUGAAUAAGAACGAUAUGUUUCCAUGUUGUAAGUAUAUUGUAAUGACAAACUAUAUGUAUAUGUUCAAUGA